GGAGUUUUCUAGAGCUUUUGCUUUUGAUAGCGAUACAUUACCUAACAUCUAGAAUUCAGAACAAAAGCCAACUUACGUAAGCUAGAACUGUAGAAACUUGAAGAUUUUCUAAUUCGAUAGACAGUCAGUGUUGGUCUGGGUAACAUUGGUUCGUUGUUGUUGUUCGGUUGGAUUUGGAAUCAAUUUCAAUGUUUUUCUGGUAAUUGAGUAUCAAGACAUGGAUUCAAAUAAACUGGCAGAAACUGAAGAGUUUGCUAACUUUGAGAAACUGAAAAUUCAGCACUUGGAAAUGGAACAACACUUGCAUAAGGAGAAGGCACAUAUCAUGGAAACAGUUACGAAUGAGCCACGUAAAGAUAUUCAAUCGCAGAAAAGGAGGAAAGACGGUAUGGACACAAUAGCAAAGCUGCUUCAGGAAACCCAGCAAGACUUAAUCUUGGCUCGAAAGAAAAACAAAGCUUUGGAACUUUCUGUGCGGUUCUUGCAGAACAAGCUGACACAGUCUGGGAUGAAUCCUAAUGUAGAACUCGAAGAUGAGGAGGUGUUUAUUCCAGGGCCUUCCAAAGAGAUCAUGGACAAUUUAGUUAGGGAGAAUUCCAGACUUUUAUCAAUUACAAAGAACCUUGGCAAUCCUGAGGAGGUUCAUCUGCUUAGACAGCAACUUCAAAAUGAACAAGAAUCAGUGGAAAACUUGAGGACUGAACUAAAGGAGAGACUCAGCUUGAGUGAUAAAAUGUUGAAAGAAUUAGAAACACAGAAAGAUCAGAUUAUUACUGAAUUACGAAUGAAAGUUGAUCGCCUUUCAGAGAAGAACAAAAGUCAGGAACGUUUACAAGAAUUGUUAAAUGAGGAAUCAGCAAAUCUCCGGAAGCAGCUUAGUGCUGUCGCACAUACGUGCCAGCAGAUGGCCCAGAAGAUGGAGAUGGUGAAAGGUGAAAGUGAAGCCACCAUUAGCCCAAGGACGACUCCAUCAGUGGGGUUCCAGCUUUAUGGUCAAGAUCAGUCAGAACUGACACGACUUAAAGAGGAAAACACAAAGUUUCAAGCAACAGUUACAGAAUUACACGAAAUGAACCAACGGUGGAAAAUUUAUAAUGAUCAGCGAGAAGAGUAUGUGCACAAAUUACAAAUACAGCUCCAGGUGGCGAAAGGUAGUCCAGUGGAAGAGGAAAUAAAAAAGAAAUAUGAGGGUCUCCUGAUAGCAUCUCGUCAGCAGUUAGAAAGCACAACGGCUGAAAAGGCUCAGUUGCAAUCACAGGUUAACCAAUUAGGCGAAAACAUGAAAACGAUAGAAGAAGCAUUCAGCGUGCAAGGAGAAGAGUUAAGGAGGGUGACACAACAGUUACAGCACUUCCAAACCUAUGGGACACCGUCAGGCCAUGAUGUCGAGGCCUUGAAGGCUCAGAUACAGAUUUGCACUGAAGACUUUGAGUCGGAGAGGAAGGACCGAGAAAAAGCCCAGGACAAGCUGUCUCAGGCUGAACAGGACAAUCAAAACCUCAGACGACAGAUUAACCACCUGCGGAAGGAGCUACAACAUUAUGCUGCCUCAGUGAACUCCACCCCAAGACCUCAGUUCCAGUCCAUGAAUAUCCAGCCGACUGCGAACAAACCACCUAUGUUCGGCCGGGAUCCCAUGACCAUGUACAAUAUCGAACCCGAGGUGCGCCUUAAUGCCCGAGGCGGACAGUCCAGACAGCAGCGCGAUGGUGGCCUCGUGGGAGAGGAUCUUGUUGACCAUCCUCAGAUGGUUAUGGAGGACGGAGCAUCGUCGGCUGCUUUGGUCAGUCGUGGGAGCAAGAAGACACCUUCAAACACACCACCACCACGGAAGCUAAUAGACGAAAUCGGCCUACUACAGUGUCCAAAAUGCCGCAAGGAAUACGAGGCACACCAGCAUAAUGAAUUGUUGGAACAUAUUGAAAUCUGCUGCUAACACUGUUGAUUAAUUCGUUUCAUGGAAUUAAAGUGCCAAGAAGAGUCCAGGCAUCCCAAGUCUUCCAAAAAUUAUAUAUAUAAAUAUAUAGGACAAUCGUAAUAACAUAUUUGCGGCAGGUGAUACCAAGUGAAGGGAGUACAUUUCAUUAUGUGAUUCAAUCUUUCUACCAUCUAACCCGGAACAGCAAUAAUGACUACCUCUACACCCAGCAAGUAGGCUUAGUAUAAACAUGUAUAGGCUGUAAGUGUACCCAUGACUGUCCGCAGUUGUCUACAGGAUGUUAAAUGUCAGCUCGGCAAUUACAGGCCAUUUUAAUCUAAAGGUCACAUUUUGAAGAUGGUCAUUCUUCAGUGACUGGUCUUUGACGGACGAUCUUUAGUUCAUUAAUUGCACCACACUGACUAUGGUCUGAAUCUUUAGAAUACUCGUUUGAUAGAUUCACUUUUGCUCACUUUUUCUACCAGGAGGCCAUGGGCGCUCUUUGUUUCGUACUUUCGAUUUUCGUUUGUGUAAUGAAGUCUUAAAAAGUCCUGUGUGAAAGGGUGGUCAUUUACAGCUGGAAGAUACGUCCAUAGGUAUUUGUUUGUUGUGUCCACGACUAGACUGCAAGUGAGUCCUCGAAAGCGCAAGGCUUUGUACAUGAUUUGACAUUUGUAUUCACUACUAACAUCUCAGAAGGGGCUCAGAUGAGAAGGACAGGAAUUAGUGACGUCAUGCCGGUAGCCUUGCAAAAAACAACCUCCUAAUACUAAAAGGAUUGUUCUUAAGACUAGAGGAUAAACAUUUCCAACGGUCAUGUCGAAUAUUUAGUAUAUAAAUAUAUAUUUAUAGAUAUAUCAAAUUUGAGUGACCAAUGAGCGGGUAUGAGUUCCAACAUAUUGACGCAGGUCAUGCAUGAUAGCUAGUGAAGUUGUGACCGCAUAUAAGAGUCGAAUGUUUUCAUUUUUUUUCAUUUCUGGUCAUCUAUAGAAUUAAUGUUGUUAGGUACCAUUAUUGACCCUGCUUUCACUGGUUGUACAUUUUAUUCUUAAAAUGAACAGAUUUUUACUGUAUCCUACAAAUGACAUAAGAAAAACCAACAAAGAAAUAUUACUUAAGAAAAGCGGAAACGUCAGUAUACAUACCAAGAAAUGAAAAGAAGAACAAAAAAAAAAAAACAAAAACAAACAAAUCGCCAGUAUUUGAGUUACUGCAACGUGAAUUCAUUUUAUCAUAUCAUAUAUAUCAUAUAUAUAAAUGUGAUUAAAUACUCGUGAGAUGUCAUCUAAAAACCACUGCGUCAUGAAAACCUUUGACCUAAAACAACAACUCCGAUUUUGGUAUGCUUCCCCCCUAAAGAUCUCAUUAAUAAUUAUUCGCUGAAAUUGUUACUUACUUGAUUAACUGAAUAUUCAUUUUUGUGUAGUGUGGGAAUUUUUGUUAAGAGAAGUCCAGAGUUUCAUGUAUAUACAGUAUACUUUUAAAAAUCUAGCAAAUCUGGAGAGUACAAAACGCAUUGGUCACCUGCAAUGCCUACAUUUUAUUGUUUACUGUAUUUUGUACGGCUGUAUAGUUAACCUUAAAUUUGUGAGGUUUGAUGUGGCAAGAAAUUAUCUUGAUGCCUGUUGAGCAGUGCUCUUAGAUUAAUGCAUCCGAAACCGAAAGCAGGCGCCUUUUGUGUAUUCUUUUUAUGUUGCAUAUAUUUUGUAUAGUCCAAGGUGUAAAACCAAGUACAGUCCUAAUUC